AUCGGAAUUUUAUAUUUGUUUUUAUUUAUUAACGCCGGAUAUUUAUUUUAAUGCCGAUAUGACUGUUUUUGUCAUAACUUUAUCUGUUACGUAUUGAUGUUAACUAUGUAUUAUCUUGCCGUUACGUAUGCCAAGACGUGGAAGCUGUAACUUUCUUCGAGAUACCAAAAUUGAAUUAUAACUCUUUGCAAACUUAUCGGUAAUAAAUAAGAUCAUUUAAUACCAGAACCGACGAAUAUUGUACAUAGUUCUAACUAAAUUAUGCAUCGUUAGAUUUAUAAGACCCGCAGCAUUGUCCAUAGAAAAGCAACAGAUGUACUUUUGCCCUCGGAAAUGUAACUGUCCUGCCAAAUGUUCCCUGUAUCUUCCGACUUAUCUCUUUAUGUUCUUAUCUCGUGCCUUCACUGUUGUGUUGUUUAACGUGAUCGUGUUCACCAAUAUUGAUUGCGGCGAUCCCACAGAUAUUACUUGCUCGACCAAGUACAGAUCCUUUGGUGAUGUCGAUAUUGCACAGCAAGAUUGCUGGGAGGGAGUCCUUCACAGGUGCCCAAGGUGUAACGCACGCACGGGAAAUGUCGCGAACUUCGCUCCCGCCACUUCCGGUGUCCGACCAGUUAUCCUCGAGGAUCAAGACGAAUCCGUUUCCGAAGUGGUCCCCGCAGAGCUACCGUAACAUCGACUACAUCCAGAACCUCUUGCCCCGCCAUCAGUGCCCGAACUGUCACCGCAGCUACAAACACCGUAGCCACAUGAUGCGCCAUUACAGAUAUGAGUGCGGCAUACUGCAGCGAUUUCAAUGCCCGUACUGCAAGCACCACUUGCGCCAGCGUACACACGUGUGGACGCACAUACGCACGUUCCAUCCGGAUCGUGAACUCUAUUGCAUCGACAUCGCCACCAACGCGAGGCUCUCUUGGCAGGAACAUCGAAGUGACUAAGAGAAAUCGGUCACAGAGCGAUCCUGCCUUUAGUCAUUUAGGAAAUUACACUGUUACGUUUGUUUAAUUAUAUUCCGUGAGAUAAUACCGAUUCAUUCGGUAUUGUUUGACAUGUUUAAAAAAAAAAGAAUUUAUAUUUAUAUAUAUUUUUUACAUUUUUGAAAUUUUUAUGUCCCUGUACCGAAUACGAGUAAAAUCUUUGCAUCCUGUAUUUCAGGAUGUAAUUGUCGUAUGAUGCACAUGUUCAUUAAGAAUUCUAUACAGAUAAUAUCUAGAUAAUAUAUUCUAUAGAGAUAUCAAAGUUUAAUUAAUAUAUACGUACGCAAUUAUAUGUAUUACGGAAAUUAUGUUAAAGAAUAUAAUGUGAUAUGAGAAACAUGACUGUUGAGACCUCAGAUGUAUCGGUAAUUACUUAGAAUAUACUUAAUUACUUGGAAUACUUUGUAAAAUAGGCUAUUUGUAGAGUAAGUUAUUUGAACAUUUUUUUUCAACAUAUUUUAAGAAAUGAAAGUUUGAAAGAAUAGCCUCUCGGAAAAUAUGUGAAUUAUAUGCAGACAACGUUAUAGGUCUUGUGUAUAAUUAUACAUAUGUGUAUAAAACAAAUUUUAGUAUCUACAUUAAUGUGUUCCUACACUCAAACUAUCGCUCUAGAAUUUACAGGAACGAUAGCUGGUGCCAAAAUGGUCGAAACAUUGUUUUUCGGUGACUCUCGAAACGCAUUCGAUAUUACAAGAGGGUUUGUUUUCUGGUUUCUUUAGAGAAACAAAUUUUUUCCUGUUGAAUAUCGGAUACGUUUCGAAGUAGACUAGAAAGUAUGUCAAAGAAUUGUUUCAACAAUUUUCACACCAACUGCGUUACAAAUAUUAUCUCACUCGGAUAUCUUCUAUCACGAAAGUUUUCGCUGUUCAAGCAUUAUAAUCGUGGUAGAUUUAUUUUCAUGACAAUCCUUCCAUCGUCUCUAGUUUCCUACUUUUUCCACCCUUAGGUCGUAGAUCAAUACGAAACAGAAUGGAUUGCAUUUCGCAAAUCCACGUUUGCCAACGAAACGAAUCUACAUUGUGCUAUCGGUAAAUGUAUAAGAAAACUUACAGCUACACGUGACUGCUGCCUCUUCGAAAAUUGAUUAAAUCAUGAGUUCGAGCAUCUUUGAAUUAAAAACACGUGAUUGCGCACUAAACAUUUUAUAUAACAGUUUUCUUUUUAUUAAAGAAUGUAAUGGACGUUCGUUGAUCUUGCGAUUUUGCGUAUACCAAUAAAGACAACUAUUAUUCGA